AUGAAUCCUCAGAUAUCGGCACAAAUAAAUAUAUGGCCUUUUGUGUGCGAAUUUUUAGAAAAAUCAAAGUUGAACAUACAAAAUCUAAUAGGUAUUGGAACAGAUGGUGCCAGUAAUUUAUGCCGUAAAAAUAAAUCAUUAUUUACACUAUUAAAAGAAAUAAUUCCACAUCUUCAGUUAAUUAAAUGCGUCUGUCAUUCACUAAACAUAUGUGCUUCAAAUGCGUGUGAUGAAUUACCAAGUAGUUUGGAAUUUUUGGUCAGAGAAAUUAGAAGUUGGUUUUCGCAUAGUUCAUUAAGACAGUUAAGGUAUAGGGAUUUGUUUCAAACAUUAUAUGAAGGAAAACAACCACCUCGUAUUGUUCAACUGUCAACCACUCGUUGGUUGGCAUGGUAUGGUUGUAUAAAAUCUGUCCUAGACCAAUGGCUACUUUUAAAAACGCACUUUAAUUUGAUUUCUAAAAGUAAAGAAGGGUGUUAUACUUCUCGUACUUUAUCAGAUAUGAUAAAUGAUGAUACACAUUUACUGUACUUACUAUUUCUUAAACCAGUAUUAUAUGAAGUUACUCAAGUCAACAUAGUUUUUCAAGGAACCAACAAUAGUUUAAGGUUACCUGAAACACAUUUACCAUGUAAUUCUGUUGAUUUUGGUCAUCAGUUUAAAGAACAGUCAAAAAUAAGUUUACAAAAACAGUCCAUAGAUCAACUAAAGUUAAAUUUAAUCAUGGAAAGAGCAGCAAGAUUUCUGUUACGUUUGUGUCAUGAAAUAGUAGAAAGACUUCCACAAAAUUUAAAAGUUAUAGAAAAACUUAAGUACUUAUCACCUUCAUUUUGUUUUGAUUUUGGUUUACAACCAAUAGUAACAUUUAAGGAUUUUUUCCCAAACUUGGCAGAAGUUAAUGUUGAUAAAGAUCUGUUGGAAAUUCAAUGGAGGACGUUAGGAUCAAUCAGUUUUAAUGAUAUAUUUCCAGGUAAUGCUGCAGGAGAUCAUACUUUUAAAGAACUUAGUGAGUUUGCAUUACGAUUAUUGUCAUUACCAAUUUCAAAUGCAGUGGUUGAGAGAAUAUUUAGUGUAAUGAAUGCUACAAAAACCAAAGUUAGGAAUAGGAUGAGCCAAUCAAUGUUGGUAGCAUUGAUUAGAAUAAAAGUACAUAACAGUGUAAAAAAACAAUGUUGUACUUCGUUUAUUCCGUCAAAGCAAAUGUUAAAUUUAUUUGAUUCAAAAAUGUAUGAUUCUGACAAAUCACUGAAAAUUGCCAACUUUGAUGAUUCUGAUGAUCUGUUUACAACCAUUACAAUUUUAAAUUCAGUUGAAGAAGAUGAGUGA